AGCUGCACAGACGCACAGGGCUUAAGCGUGCGCACGAAAGAACGACGAAAACAGAGGAAGAGAGAGAAAGAGAGAGGGCAGCAGCGGAGGGAGAGGAGAGAGGAAGAGAAAACCUUAAUUAAUUCAGGCUCGGAGAUGGGAGGGACGCUACCGCUGUCCGUGCCGUGAGCCGUGGUGCAGCCCAUGUCUCCUGUACAUCUGACUGUGCCGUUUGCGUCCUUUACGAAGGAAACGAGCGAGACGAGUGACCAAAACUGCAGUGUGCAUCGCUUCUUCGAUCUCCACUCGCGGGCAGACUUCACCGGGAUGUCAUAUGGACCAUAACAGCAGCUGCCAUAAUAACCCGGAGACCAUUUCCAUUGCUGAGAUCCACUGUGCCACCUCGUGCGGAGCCAUGACAAGUAGUUAGUGGUGGAGACAUAGAUUCUUCCUGACAUCUUCCCCUUUCUGCAGAGCGAGAAGCUGGAGUACCAAUUCACACCUACCAAACUCCUAUAAAAUGAUUAUGACAAACCACUCUUGAAAAGCAUAUUAUGAUUGAGGGCUUCUGAUGAACCUGCUAAGACAUGGACAGUCAUGACUUCCCAAAUCCCCUGUGUCUCCGUCUUAUUUCGCCGAUCGAUCCGAGGAUAACGUCAAUCCCCUUGGUGUGGCUCGUGGGCUGACUGGCUCCUGACUGGCUCCUAAAGUCUCCGAAAUCCGACUGUGGCCCUAAAACAUCAUGGGAGAUCGGGGCUGGGUGUGCCUGAGCCCAGCUGAGUUUAGCCAGCUGCAGCAAUACAGCGAAUACUCCACAAAGAAGCUCAAAGAUGUCUUGGAUGAGUUUCAUGGAGAUGGUGUCCUCUCUAAGUACAACCCAGAGCAACCCAUUGACUAUGAAGGCUUUCAGCUCUUCAUGGCCACCUACCUGGAGAACGAUCUCCCAGAGGAGCUGUGUCAGCAUCUCUUCACCUCCUUCAAGAGUAAGUCUGGAGGCUGCUCCCCCGACCAGUCCAGAGCUGGGACCAGUCUCCUUGAAGCCCGCUCCAUUGAUGCAGGCAUCUCUAUACAGACUGAAGUGGCCUGUGCCCCCAUUACAGGCAUGAAUGGUAAGAGUAUCCUGUGUGCCAUGGGACGCCACACUCCAGAGCACAGUGUUAUGAGCACAGCAGGUUCAGGGGCCACCACCUCCCCCUGCUCCUCCCGCUCCUCCUCUCAGCGAUCCGGGGCGGGGGGUCAGACACCUGGACAACACAGAUCACCCUGCACUAAAGCCAAAUCCACUGAGGGCAACAAUAACAAUGCCCUGACACCCAACACAGGCCCCUCCAGGUCGCCGGUAUCGCCCAAACUCUCCCCAGAGAGAAGUCACUCAGAGAAACAUUUGUCGCUGCGGAGGAGCCCGUCACCGCAGAAGCUGUCCCCCCUGCCGUCCCCCCAGGUGGUCUUUCUCAAGGACAUCGUCUGUUACCUCUCACUGUUGGAGAGAGGCACCCCCGAAGACAAGCUGGAGUUCAUGUUCCGGCUCUAUGACACGGACGGCAAUGGUCUCCUGGACAGCUCUGAGUUAGAUCGUAUCAUAAAUCAGAUGGUACAUGUGGCUGAGUAUCUGGAGUGGGAUUCAACAGAACUGAGACCUAUUUUGAAGGAGAUGAUGGAGGAGAUUGACUUUGACCGGGACGGGACAGUCACUCUGGAGGAGUGGAUCCGAGGAGGCCUCACCACUAUCCCUUUACUGGUCCUGCUGGGCAUGGACACGAAUGUACAAGAAGAUGGGCAGCAUGUGUGGCGUCUGAAGCACUUCAAUAAACCAGCGUACUGUAACUACUGCCACACCAUGCUGCUGGGAGUUCGCAAGCAGGGCCUGUGCUGCUCCUUAUGCAAAUACACAGUACAUGAACGCUGUGUGUCCAAAGACAUUGCUGCCUGCAUCAGCACUUAUGCCAAGUCACGUCGUCACACCAACGCUAUGCAGCAUGUGUGGAUGGAGGGUAAUUCUCCUACAAAAUGUGACCGCUGCCACAGAAGCAUCAAGUGUUACCAGGGUCUGACGGGACUGCACUGUGUCUGGUGUCAAAUCACUCUCCAUAAUAAGUGUGCGUCUAAUGUCAAGCCCGAAUGUGAUGGAGGAGCACUGAGAGACCACACGCUGUUGCCCUCGUACAUCUGCCCUGUCGUCUUGGAUCGUCACUCAGUGGUCAAGCGGGGUGAAGGGGACUCGCCGCCCAGCACUAGUCCAGAAGACACCAAUCAGACAUUUAAAUUCAGCCCUGGUGAUGGACAGGCACUGCAGAUCACCCCACUGCCAGGCACUCACCCGCUGCUGGUGAUGGUAAAUCCGAAAAGUGGUGGAAGGCAAGGAGAGCGGGUCCUCAGAAAGUUCAGGUACUUACUCAACCCCAGGCAAGUCUACACUUUGGAUCAAGGCGGACCAAUGGUGGGGCUCAAUUUCUUUCAUGAUGUCCCUGACUUCCGAGUACUAGCCUGUGGAGGCGAUGGGACUGUGGGCUGGAUAUUGGACUGCAUAGACAAGGCCAACUUUGCCAGACACCCUCCAGUGGCCAUCCUCCCUCUGGGCACAGGGAAUGACUUGGCUCGCUGUUUACGCUGGGGAGGAGGUUACGAGGGUGGCAGUUUGCUGAAGUUUCUUCGGGACAUUGAGCACAGCACAGAGGUGGUGUUGGACCGCUGGAACAUCGACAUUGUCCCUGACGAUAAAGAAGAGAAGGGAGACCCUGUGCCCUACAGCAUUGUCAACAACUACUUUUCUAUAGGAGUGGAUGCCUCCAUCGCACAUCGUUUCCAUCUAAUGCGAGAGAAGCACCCAGAGAAGUUCAACAGCAGAAUGAAGAAUAAGCUCUGGUACUUUGAGUUUGGCACCACUGAGACAAUCUCGGCCACAUGCAAGAAACUGAACGAAUGCAUCGAAGUGGAGUGUGACGGGAUCAUCUUAGACCUCAGUAACACGUCUUUGGAGGGCAUUGCAGUCCUCAACAUUCCCAGCAUGCACGGCGGCUCUAACCUGUGGGGCGAGUCGAAGAAGAGGAGGAACUACAACCGCAUGAGUAAGAAGGUUCCUGACAGGAUGCCGUCCAGCACUGUCACUGACGCCAAAGAGCUCAAGUUUUGUGUUCAAGACCUCAGUGACACUCUGUUGGAAGUGGUGGGUCUGGAGGGGGCCAUAGAGAUGGGUCAGAUCUACACUGGACUGAAGAGCGCAGGACGGAGAUUGGCCCAGUGCUCCAGUGUCACCAUCAGGACAUCCCGGCGAUUGCCAAUGCAGAUAGAUGGUGAGCCCUGGAUGCAGCCACCAUGUACACUUCGAAUCACACACAAGAACCAGGUCCCGAUGCUGUUGGGUCCACCUCAGAAGACCCCGUUUUUCUUCUUCAAAAAACGCAACCGGAGCCGUGACUAAAACUAAAACCCAAAUACUGAAAAUAGAAUAUGCACACACACAUCGUUACACAUAAACAGGCAGCUCCAUAAGAUGAGGUAUGUCAGAGAUAUGUUGAUUUCUUUGGGGAUUUCGAUCGACCAAAAAUCAGGACUCUCCGAACUACAAGACUUUUGACCAAGCCCUGUGGAAGUAUUCUAUUUAUCAUUGUGGAUUUUAACUCUUUGUGGACCAGUACAGCACUGCCUGACCAAUACAAAUCUAGAUACUAGUAUGAACUCAAUUUCAAAGAACUAAAAUAAAAAAAUGCACAAACUUGGAUGAAGAAAGUGAAAGCUGGAUUGCUGUAAACCCGACUUUGAGUAAACAUGGGCACAACCACUUCUCUACAUAAAUAAUAGAGUUGGUUGUAAGAGACUGCACUGCGGGCCCCCCCUCCUCCCCACACACACACAUUGACAACAGCUGAGCGGAGGAGCGCCACGGAAAAUGCCUCAUACAUUAUUGACUUAUUUUGUUUGUUACGUUGGCGGUAGUAGGGCGCAUCUGUGGCAACAUGCAAGGACUGGGAGCCCCUCAGCAUCACUAGCCUAAAAAACCUUUAACAACGAAGAAAAGAAAAUAUCCUGCUUACAGACUGAUAGGGGAUGUUAUUGCAGUUCCUCUGGUCUUAUUUUGUGCAGAUCAUUUAUUCCAGCGUUGUUCUGACUCAGCUCGUUGGCUUGGUUCGCUGUAAUAUGAGGUCGUGGAUUGAAAUAAAUCUUCUCGAGAGUGUUAAAGCUAGGCCCCUGGGUUUUUAUUUACCGGCGCAUUGACAGGGGACCUAAAAUUAUCACUCACUUACAGAGACUGUGUGUGCUCCUGUGAAAUCCUACGCCUAAUUACACUGUCAAACAUCACCGUCCCCUCCGCAGCCUCUUCAUUAUUUCUUUAAAUACCAAAAAUACAUGAAAGGACAAAGAUGGACUUCAAAGAAAAUAUCUGUUAAGGAUCUGUUAAAAAGAGGCACUAGGUCUCUGUUGAUAAUAACGAAUGUAACACAUGAGUAUAAUAAUCAUGUCCCCAAAAUAUUGCAAUGAUAUCAUAUAAGAAUAAGUAUAUGUAUAUUUCUGGAAAGUAGGUGUAGAUCACAUAUACUGUACACUUGAAUGUGUUUGAAUUUAUCAUUGUUAAUGUAAAAGUCUUAGAGUUUAGAGGGGUUUGGAUCAGUAUUCUCACUGUUCAGAGCUACAGUCACUCUCUGGAGGUUUCCACUCAUUUAGGGAGAAUCUGUGAUCUGAAAACUGUGAUUCAGCAAGCGACAAGGCAAUUUGUCAUUUAAUAUUGUGAAAUAUUAUGAUAGAGUGCUGUCAUUACCGAUGCUCUUAUAAUCUUUUAUAAAGCCAGAAGAACUGUGAUGGUCGGAUCUGUGACACUGUGGACAUUACGAGUUUUCUGAGGUUUUCGAUUAUUUAUUUAUUUUGUUUUAUUUUUGGUAUAUUUAUUAUUUUUGUGUAAUUCAUCAUUAUUUGUUAAACAGUUUAAAGUUUUUUUUUCUUCUAGCAACUUUCAGACAUUUACAUUUUAAAGUUUAUGUUAUAGAGAGAAUUUUUUUGAGAAAUCUUGAAACAUUGUUUGAAAAUUCAAAAUAGUUUUUACUAUGUUAAAAAAAAUUAAGCAAAAAUCAUACUUGAUAUUUAAUUUGCGAUAUGGCCUUAUAGUGUAUACGUAUAUUAUGAAAUAUAUGUAUUAAACAAUGGCACAAUAUUUUAAAUUACAGUCAUGUUUGGGGCAUGAGUUUCUAACAUUGGCUUGUGUUACUGUGGAAACUGUGGAGUCCUCGGAGAGUGACUGUAGAGAGGACUUAUGAGCACCACUGUGGGGUGAGGCCAAGACGCUUUGACCCUGGCUCCCUUUAACCACACUGGGACCGCCCUCUGAUACCCAGGCCCCCCAAAACCCAUCCACUUUUUCAGUAUUCAAGAAAAAUGAUUAUUUCUACCUAGAUUUAAUAUCUACAAUCACAACAAGCACUUUGUAAUAGCAUCACUGUGGAAGUUAUCAUUAUUUCCUAUAGGAGCCUGGGUGCAAGAGAAGCCAGUGUAAAAAGAGUGCAUGUUUACAGUAAUUACAGUUAUUGAACGAAUAGUUUUAAACCGCUAUAUUACCAAGUGUAUAUAUUUGUUUAUAAUAUUUUACCUUCAUCACCGCAUGCCUGCUGAAACAGUGAGUGAACAAAACAGCGCGUGUGCAUCCAAAUGAUCAUUUCUUUGCUUUGCUAAAUCUGAAAUAUUUAUUAUUUGUUGUGAUUAUAUUUUUUGCUAGCAUGUUCAUAGUCAUGUAUAAAAGACGGGGGAAAUAAACUGUUUGGUGCAAAAGAGAAAGCUGCAGGCCCCCAGCUGUGUCAUCUGUCACAACUUGUGUGUUUUACUGUGGGCAAUAAGGGGAGCGUGUGUCAGAUCUGAGGUUUAUGACUAUGCUUUGAAGUGAUAGGUGGCCCUAAAGUCAAUAGAGCUGUUCUCAUAGGCUUUGUAAUUAUCACACUGUUAGACGUUGAAAACACUAAUACACUCUGAUGCUACUGUAUACAGCACUGUGCAAUAAAAGCUCUGGUCUGAAGACAGUGGUGAUAGCAACAAAGAAAGGCAUGUCUUUUUAAUAUAAAGAUAGAACUUACACUUAACUUAAUCCACACAAGAAAGAACUUGGACACAGUAGGUCACACAUUAUAGUCUAAUAACAAAGAGUAAAAAAUUAAUGGUAAUGAAACUCUAAAUAAUGAUAACUGAAGACAUCUAAGGUUCAAAUAUACAGAUUGUAUAUGUGUGAAAUAUUGUAAAUAUAACAUACUGUAUAUAUCUAUAAGCUAUGCAAGAACAGAAAUAGCAAUUUGAAUCUAACUUUAUCCUUGACCCUAUGCCAUGGGUUACCAGUUAUUAUAAUAUGUGCAAAAAAACUUGAUGUGUUAAAUAAAAAUUUUGACAAAAUUGCAAC